AUGAACCCUAGAAAGUAUAAAUGUUUGACGAUUGCUGAAAAGAAGAAGUUAAUCGAAAAAGUAGACGAAGGUGAGAAGAAAAGUGAUGUUGCAAAAGAAUUCAAGAUUCCUCUGAGUACUCUCCCAACCAUAAUAAAGCACAAGGAGAAAAUUUAUGCUACUCAAACUGCUGGAGUACGGAAAAGAACUACUAAAGAUGAAUUUCCCCGUCUGGAAGAAAGCCUGGUCAUUUGGCUGAGACAGUGCAGACAACAAAAAGUGUCUAUUAGCGGAAACUUGUUAAAGGAAAAAGCAAAAGAGUUCGCGUCUACCCUAAGCAUCAAUAACUUUGCGUCAAGUGAAGGGUGGCUUACAAAUUUCAAAAAGAGAAAUAGAGUUGUAUUUAAAAAAGUUUGUGGGGAAAGUGGAAGUGUUGAUGAUGUAGUAUGCUUGAAUUGGCACGGUAAAUUGAAGACCUUGAUUGAAAACCAUGAUGCCCGAGACAUUUUUAAUACUGAUGAAACUGGCCUAUUUUUCAAAUGUAUACCGGACAAGACGCUUACUUUUAAAGAUGAAAAAUGUCAUGGGGGAAAACAUAGUAAAGAGAGGUUGACAGUUUUACUUGCAGUAAAUAUGGACGGAUCGGAAAGACUUAAACCCUUAGUGAUAGGAAAAGCAAUGAAACCGCGAUGUUUCAAAGGAGUGAAAUCGUUUCCUACUGACUAUCGUGCUAACAAAAAAGCUUGGAUGACGACAGAACUUUUUAACAAUUGGCUUUUAACAGUUAAUGGGGACAUGAAACGACAAAAGCGGAAAAUUUAA